AUGUUUGAUGAAAUUCGAUAUGAACUCAACGGUGUGGAGAUUGAUCGCAACAGAAACGUGGGCAUAACUAGCACGCUCAAGAAUUAUGUAUCGCUAAUGUAUGACAAAUCUUUGAUUGCGCUGAACGCUGGAUGGAACACUAGAUCUGACACAGAGGAAGGACACUUUAAUUUUUGCGUACCGCUCAGCAUGCUGUUAGGCUUUUGUGAAGAUUACAAACGCCUGAUCGCCAACGUUCGCCACGAAUUGAUUUUGAUACGAGCGCGCAACGACAACAAUUGCUUGAUGGGAAAUUCUGCGAUGGAGCCUGAGGUUGAAUUAUUCAAAGUGCAGUGGCGGAUGCCUCACGUUACGUUAAACGAGAUGAAUAAAUUGUCAAUGCUGCGAGCAUUGGAAAGCGGUCGUUAUCUGAGCUUGAGUUUUCGCUCUUGGGAUCUGUACGAAUAUCCUCUGUUACAGAAUACGACAAAGCAUUCAUGGGCCGUCACAACGGCGACUCAGCUUGAGAAGCCGCGAUACGUUAUCUUUGCUCUGCAGUCGACCGGUCGAAAGAAUGUCAUGUCAGAAAAUGGUAGCGUGUUCGACGAUUGUAAUUUGAGUAACGUGAAACUUUAUUUAAAUUCAACGUUUUAUCCGUACGACGAUUUAAAUCUGGAUUUUGACAAAAAGAGAUAUGCCGUCCUGUUUGAUAUGUACGCCCGUUUUCGUAGAGCAUAUUAUGGAAUCGAUUGCUUCGAAACGCUACUCAACGUGCUUUUAUUUAUCAAUGAAGGAACUUUUGUGGUCAUUGACUGCUCGCGACAAAACGAAUCCGUCAAGAGUGCCACUGUGGACGUACGCAUAGAAUUUGACUGCAAGGAGAAUGUGCCUGCAAAUACUACAGCCUAUUGUCUCAUCAUACACGAUCGCGUGGUUCA